AUGAAUUCAGAAGUUAGCGAAAGAUGCAAUUAAUGUCCACUGUUUUUGAGAGUUACAGAGUCCUGUCCAAGAAACCCACAAUUUUUAUUUUACCAAUUCUUUAUGGAGGAUGAAUACGACAUACUCACGGUGCUUUAUGAAAACGCUAUGAUUUUCGUAUCAGUUAUUUGUUAAUUCAUAUUUAUUGGGCAUUUCCUACUUUUUAUAAAGUUAAGGCACAGAGGAAUUCUAAGAGUUUGCGCAAUGUCAUUUUUCUAAAAACUUCUUGGUGAGAUUUUAAAGAGAGCUUAUGAAGAACCAAGGCCAAAAGAAGCUUGUUUAUUUAACAAUGCAGCUUCAAUGGGAAAUCCUUCUGAGUUAUCAGCAGUAGCUUCAGCUUUUUUUGUAGGUUAUCUACUUUACUCGAGUCGGAUAUACCUUCAUUACAACUCUUAAGAUUAAGUCUUAUUUGGAAUAAUGUAAGGUAUUGUGAUUACUAUCACUGCCUUUAUGUUCAUCAUUGGCCCAAGUUAAGAUACCAUCCUAGCUGAGUAUUUUGCUGAUUUUGAUGAGAGGAAUUAGAUGUCUGAAAAAUCAACUAAGCUGAUGCAAGAUCUGUGCACAAAGUUAGGAGUAGAUCCAAAAUUAGAUGCAAGCACCAAGGCUCAAGAGAUCAUUAAGAAAAUGGAGAGUUUAGAAUCAUUGAAGAAUAGUCUAAAUGUAGAAAAUAAGGGGGCUCAGGAAAGAAUGACUAAGUUAGAGUAGUAGGUUAAAAUAAGAGAUGAACAGUAGAGAUAGUUAGAAAAUAUUAUGAAUAACAUGAGUAAUCCUCUAGGUGGAGGUAACGGUGGAAGCUUAAUAAAUAGAGGUCAGAAUGGCACAGCUUAAAAUGGCAAUAAGCAUGAUGCUUACUGA